UAUGACAACAAUGUGGGGAGAGAACUUUACCUGCUAAAUUUAACAGUUUUAGAGUUAAGAUUAAUUUGCAUAUAAGCUCAUGUUAUUUGCCUGUUUCAUCAUUGCCGUAAUACCCAACCUGUCACAUAGAUAGAUUGCAGAAAUGUGUUACUUUUCAUAAUUAAAUGUCUGUUUCCCUUCGGGGGAACAGCUGAAAUUGGAUCAUUUGUAUCAGUUUUCUUGUAUAGCUUUAGUGACUAAAUCUUUUACCAUUUCUGAAUGUUUCAUUGUAUUUAGGUUGACACAGAACAAUCUUUUCAAUGUCAGCCAGAAUCCAAUACUUCGAAGAAAAAAGUAGCACUGAUCCAAUUUUAACUAUUACAAAAUCUUUGUUUCUUAUGAAGCCCAUAUAGGUCACAUAUCAUGCCAGGAAAUAGAUUUGGCUUCUGUGGAAUCCUAUAUGAUUCAAAUGAAAUUACAAGCACACUAUUAAAACACACGAGAAACAUAAAGAUUCUUAGGAAAGAUUCUGGCAUAACUUGUUUUAAAGGGGGAGUGACAUCACAACCGAACAGUAUUUUAAUCACUCCGUCAUGCUUCGCAAAGCAGAACAGCGAGAUUUAACCGAGCGAUAGGGUUAAGAUCACCAUUCUGGCAAGCGUACACUGGUAACCAUUAUAUACAUGGGGACUCAAGCUUAUAAUUUCGAGGAGCAUCUUCUCUGUCCUGUUUGCCGUGAGAUCUUCACGGAUCCUGUUCUUCUUCUGUGUUCUCAUAGCUUUUGUUUGGCCUGUCUGGAGCAGUACUGGGUGCACACCAGCUCCCAGAUAUGCCCCGUAUGCCGGACAGAUUUUUGCAUGGAGCAUCCUCCGUGCAAUCGUGCCCUGAAGAACCUGUGUGAGAUUGUCUUACAUGAGAAGAAGAAGUGUCUGUCAGCAGAGACAGAGUUUUUUUGUAGUCUCCAUGGAGAGAAACUGGAGCUCUUCUGUCUGGAGGAUCAGCAUCUUGUGUGCAGCGUGUGUUUGAAUGCUGAUUUGCACAUCAACCACACAUGCAGACCUGUGGAUGAGACAGCAGGGACUCUCAAGGAGGCUCUCAAAACAAACCUGAAGUCUUUACAAGAAAAGUUCAAACUCUUAAAAUCUGAGAAAUUCGUCUGCAAUCAAAGAGCGAAGCACAUAAAGAGUCAAGUCAAGAAAACAGAAACACACAUUAAGAGGGAAUUCAAUGACCUUCACCAAUUUUUAAGGGAUGAAGAGGAAAUGAGGAUUGCUGCUCUGAAGGAAGAGGAGGAACAGAAGAUGAAGAUAUUAGAUGAGCAAAUACUAAAGAUUAACAAUGAACUUUUAUCUCUCAUAGAGAAAAUUAAAGCUACUGAAGAAGAGAUAGAGUCACAAGACAUCUCAUUUCUGCUGAACUACAGAGGUCCAUGUGAACGUAUUCAGUCUACAGGUCCAUGUCUAGAGAAGCUUCCAGAAGUAUCGGUAAAUGUGGCAAAGCAUCUGGGAAAUCUGAAGUUCAGAGUUUUGCAGAAAAUGAUGACUGUCACUAAAUACACUCCUGUUAUCCUGGACCCCAACACUGCUCACCCAUGCCUACACCUUUCAGACAGUCUGACCGAUGUGAUGUUCGGUCCAUGGAGUCAACAGGCACAAGAUAACACAGAAACAUGCGAGGGGUACACGAGUGUCCUGGGCUCCGAAGGGUUCUGCUCUGGGACGCACUACUGGGACGUUGAGGUCGGGGACAACACAACCUGGGCCUUGGGAAUGAUCUCUGAAUCCGCCAUCAAGACAAGAGAUCAUCCACCCAGUUCCGGUUUAUGGCGCAUAGCUUAUCACAAUGGGAAAUAUGGCCAGGGAGUAUCGGGGGAAGUCUUGAUGCCCCUCACGUUAAAACAGAAAGUCCAGCGAAUCAGAGUCCAGCUGAACUGGGACAGUGGAGAAAUGUCCUUUUUUAAUCUUCUCACUAACUCUCAUAUCCACACAUUCAGGCAUACGUUCACUGAAAGAGUCUUUCCGUACUUUUGUAACGUGUGUCCAUCCGAAGCGCUUAGGAUCUUGCCGGUUAAAGCGGCUGUCACAGGAACAGAGGAAGCAUAAAGAUGAAGGUCGAGUUUUUGAAGUUUUUUUCUCAAAAAAUCAAAUAUGUUUGUAUUUUUGUUUAUAGCUGUAAGUACAGAUUUUUAUGUUAACUGUUGAUUUAAAAUUUAAGUUAUGUCUACUACACUGAAAAAAUUAUUCAUUCAACUUUCUAAAUUUUUUUAAGGUAAGUGGUUGCAAUCAAUUUAAUCAAGUUUAAACAAAAAAAAAUGUAAAGUAAAAUGAAAUAAAA